AUGUGUCUGGUGUGUUUAUGCGACGACGAGGAGACAGAGUUAGGGAGACAACAAGCACCUGGAUCGUGUCCGUAUUGUGGAGGUAAAGUGCAAAUGCUCGAUGUCGAAAGAAAAUGGAUGUUUUGUUUCGUUCCGCUCUGUUUCAAGAUCAAGAGGAAGUAUCUGUGUUCUUCUUGCGAUCGCCGUCUCGUUUUGUAUCAUUAA